CUUCAUUUUUCAUUUAAUUACCCCCAUUUAUGGAAGCGUGUAGCCAAUUUCUCUCUUUCUCUCUCUCUCUUCCGAGGCCUUUUUUGCCCUGAUUCAGCUCAGAUCAGAAUGCUCAUCGCUCGUUGUAACACACUUGUCUCUCUUCUGAUUCGCGAGUACUAUGAAAUACUCCGAUUAACUCUGAUUUUCUUCUUCAAGAUGAAGUUUUAAAUGUCUGUUACCCAAAUUUUUCACAGUUAUAUCCAUGUUUUCUGAACUUCCUUUCUUUUUUCUCCAUGUAAAGGUCAAUUCUUGAAGUUGUGUCAGACCCAUUUCUCCUUUGAGCAUUGGGUUUGAAUUGGUAUCCGUUUUGGUUUUAGGGUUUUUUUCUUUUCAAAAUUGUGCAUUUUGUUGAUUUUCCCUCUUCCCUUCUUUAGUGGUUCAUAUGUUGGGAAACUCUUCUCUGCUUCCAUAGCUGAAACUCCUUGCUUCACUUCGGGUCUGUUUUUUUGAGAGAUCAAUGCUUAAACCAUAGCCCUUUAUGCUAAAUUCAUUUCAAAGCUGACAAAGAAAAUGAGGAAAACUAUCAAUGUUCACUCCACAAGGGUUUUUGGUGACCGAAGGUGGAAAGUUCCAUUCUUUCUGAGCUUGCUUUUAUCCCUAACACUGUUUAUGGCAACUAUUUUUGGGCUGUAUGUUUCGUCAUAUGGAAAGGAACCGGUGGAACUUGAUGGUACAUCUCUCAGUGAGUUAGAAGACUCUGGUGAGUACUUCGUUGACUCAGAGCUGAGGUCAUCAAUGAUGAAUGUGAGCCCGAAAACCGAACCGCCUAGGUUUGCUUAUCUCAUAUCGGGUACAAAGGGCGACAGUCAAAGGUUGUUGAGGACUUUGAGGGCUGUUUAUCACCCGAGAAAUCGUUACAUACUGCAUAUGGACCUCGAGGCCCCACCUCGCGAAAGGUUGAACUUGACAAUGUCAGUGAAGAGCGAUCCGACUUUCCAUCAAGUGAAGAAUGUCCGAGUGAUGGAACAGUCUAAUUUAGUGACUUACAAAGGACCUACGAUGAUUGCCACUACCCUACAAGCUAUAGCCAUUAUGCUGAAAGAAAGUUUGGAUUGGGAUUGGUUUAUAAAUCUUAGUGCUUCUGAUUACCCUCUCAUGACACAAGACGAUAUCCUUCAUGUUUUCUCCAAUUUGUCCAGAAAUUUGAAUUUCAUUGAACACAUGCAGCUGUAUGGGUGGAAACUGAAUCAGAGAGCAAAACCCAUAAUUGUUGAUCCUGGUCUUUAUCUAUCCAAGAAAUCUGAUCUCGCUUUUACUUCUCAACGCCGAUCACUUCCAACAUCUUUUAAGCUGUUUACAGGGUCAGCGUGGGUAAUACUGACGCGGUCGUUCUUGGAGUACUGCAUAUGGGGAUGGGACAACCUCCCGCGGACACUUCUCAUGUACUACACCAAUUUCAUAUCUUCGCCCGAAGGCUACUUCCACACCAUCAUCUGCAACAGUGGCGAGUUUCGCGACACCGCGAUUGGUCACGACCUGCACUACAUUGCUUGGGACUACCCUCCCAAACAGCACCCCAUCUCCCUAACCCUCAAGGACUUCAAUGCCAUGGUCAACAGCAGUGCCGCGUUUGCCAGAAAGUUCCGGAAGGAUGACCCGGUUCUGGACCGGAUUGACCGCGAGCUGUUGGGCCGCGGCGGUGCGAACCGGUUCGUGCCAGGGGGCUGGUGCGUUGGGAGUGCGGAUGGUGGUGAUCCUUGUUUGGUGGUUGGUGAUGAUUCGGUUUUCAGGCCGGGUCCCGGCGCGAAGAGGCUGGAGAGCCUGAUGCAGAGGCUGAUGUCACAAGAUUUUCGUAGCAAACAAUGUUUGGCUAAGAACUGAGAGAGAACAUAAUUUGUACAUUGCUGUAAAACCAUAUAGGUCAAUAGUAAGGUGAAAUGGUCCAUUAGCUGCUCAUUUUGUAAUACAAACAUGGGUAGAUGUAAUAGAUUUGGAAGUUUGCC